UCGAGUUAACUCGGGUAGGUUCAAAAGGUCAAACUCGGGGGUUCGAUUGUCAGUCGAGUAAACUCGACAGACUCUAGAUCUACUUACCCCAGUUGGACGAAUCGAAGUAGGCCCAGUUGAAAACGAAAGUAAGGAUUUUAUCCUGUCAUAUUAUUAAACCUAGUGAAGUAAAGUACAAGUGAGUUGUUUACAAGAGUGAAAAUCGUACACGCGAGACUUCAAAAUUUACAAGAGAGACAGCGACACCUACAGAAUACAGAAUACAGAAUGAGUUCCGAUGAUAUAAAAAUGAUCUUGAGAAAAUUUUACAUCGCAUUACGAACGAAUGUCACUCCUUGUGCAGUCAUACCAGUAAUUGAUGGCCUCACAGUGUUUGAUAGGCAACAAAUACAAGCAACAGCAAAGAUGGAUGGUGAUAUGCUUGGGAACGACAAACUGAUAGACACGCUUGGACGUCGAACGACAAGAACAUUUUUGUCAUUUGUGACAGUUUUACAAGAGUAUAAUCAUGAUUUAGCAUUUGAAAUUAUUCAAUACACUCGAAAUUAUUUCCCACAUAUACAUACUAGCAUUCAGAAUUUUCAACAACAUCAUAAUCAAAUACCUUCAGCAACAGUUAGGCCUUCAGUUGCUUCAAGCUCAGAUGCACAGAAUUAUCCACUUGAGAGACACAGUAUUCACGAAAGAACAACAAUUAAUCAGCGUUCUGAUGUAGGCUCACAGCAGGCCUUUAUCAUAAGAGAAGAAUCAACAGACACAUACACCAGAGCUGCCUUUAAUGUUCAGCCUUUUCAAAGAACUUCUGAAGUCAGACAAGUAACAUUUUAUGAAGACACAUUGUUGGAAGAUGUUCCAAAUGUGGUAUUCUUGAAAUGGGCUGCAGAGCUUAAUAAAGAAGACAACUGGAAAAAAUUGGCAGAUGUUAUAUCACUGAGCAGGAAAGCAGUAAGAGAACUCAGAAACAAGAGCAAUCCUGGAGAAGAAAUUCUUGAUAUUUUGUGCAAUAAAGAAGAGGUGACUGUAAGAGGGUUGAUACAUUUACUAGAGAGUGCUGAACUUACUGAAUCUGCAGAUAUUGUCAAAGAAAGCUUAGGUGUAUAUAAUGAGCGUCCAAAUCAAACAUCAAUUGAGACACAGACCAGUAACCCUGACAGUUCGAAUUCAGAUUCAGCAAGAGAGCAGUCAUUUCCCAGAACACAACAAACAGAUAAGAAUCCACAAGAAAUGCCUACAGGUUAUAAGCACAAGCAGCUGAAUAUAGAUUCAAGUGACAGCUCUAUUAACAGCCAAUUGAACAAUGAAGAAGUAGAUGAAAGCUCCCCAAGAGGAGCAGAGGGAGGAAAUAAAACAAUGAUUAAUAAUUUAAACCGAUCUGAAUAUAAAUUUAGUAUGGUUAAAGAAGUCCAUAUUCAUUUGAGUGGUGAUUCUAAAAAUGACGAAAGUGUGAAGGAUCCAGAUGAAAAAAAAACAUCAGUAUCUGCGAACAAUGUACCUUCUAAUGAUGACACACCACUUUCACAAGGACACAAUAUACAGGCACAUUCAAAGAGUACAGAUCAGAAUAUCAGUUUAAGGAAUACAGGAAUAGUAGAAGACCAUCAUGAAAACCCAACCGAUAAAUUUUUCAGGCCUAAUUCUACAGGGCAUUUUGUUGUUGAAGAAGAUCAACAGUCAUCUCUGGACCGUCUUUUGAUUUCUGGUGGGCAUGUACUGGGUCAACCUACAUCAGAUGUGGGAGAAAAUGUUGAGAAAAAUUGUGAACAAGAAUAUGAGGCAUUAAAUGUUGAUUUUUUAAAUCAACCAAAUCUAGAUAGUUAUCGAAAUAUCAGGACUAGUAUUCCAUCGGAGCAAUUAAACCAAAAUUUAGAUCAGCAGGUCAGAUCAUCUGAACAUGAAAAUGGUUUAUUGUUUGGACAAGAAAGGAUACAGCAUCCUGAAUUUAGCUCAACACAAGAUAACAAUUUUGAAAAAAAUUUAGAACAAGAAUAUGAAGCUUUAAAUAGAGACAUUGGUAAUCAAUAAAUGCUUAAAAAUUAGAAAGAUGCACAGUAUUCUUAUAUUGUGUUUUUUUAAAAAACUUUAUAGCAUUUUCUUGUGUCCAUAUAAAUAUAAUAAUGCUUAAAUGACACUAAUUGUAUAUCAUAUAAUGGAAUUCAAA